CUCAGAUGCAUGCCGCAUGACGCGGCCAGACCGAUUUUUGCGCACUCGCGGCACACCCGAUCGCUGCAUCGUUUCGUGGCGCCAAGAUCCCCAUGCACAGCCAGCGGAUGUAUGGAUCGUAUUUGUCCGAGACCGAGUCGCGACGGGAAGAGCUCCAUUCGUACAGGAGAUCGUACAUCGGUCCGCGGAUCACCAACUUGUCGGCCGCGCCGGUGAACAUUUCUGUGCAUCCUGCCCGAGAUGGCCGAUCCAAGCUGGUUUCAAAUCGACCACCGCCGAGACCAAAAGCCCCCGCCGAAGCGUCGUGGAUUGGGCGGUGCACCAUCUCGUGGAUGAACGACCUGUUCCGCCUCGGCAAGACAACCCCGCUCGAGCUCCACCAUGUUCCGCCCCUCUCUCGCCACGACGCGAUCGAUCACGUCAUGUCCCAUUUUGACCCGGUGUGGACCGCAGAGCGGCAGAAGCACGCGCCACGUCUCCUCCGCGCCAUUUUACGUGCGCUUUGGCCCAAACUUCUCCACGCGACGAUGUGCCACACCAUCUACUUGACGCUCAACCUGCUCAUGCCGUCGAUGAUCCAGGGCAUCGUUCAGUAUCUCGAAGACAAGUCGAUCAAUCCCGUUAACGGGUUGCCCUACAAGAACCCGUACGCGGGCUAUUUCUUUGCCGGGAUCCUGUCCGUGGUCACGUUUGUGUCGGUGACGAUCCUGGGCUACGCAUGGAGCGUCAACAUCGAGCUCAGCACGAACGCCCGCAGCAUCGUCAUGGACCUCGUGUACACGAAAGCGAUGCAACUCAGCCUGACGGGUACGCCAUUCACACCUGGCGACAUCCUGACGUUUGCCACCGUCGAUUCCGAGCGCGUCUUCCAUGGCCUCACCUGCGUUUGCUACGUUGUGCUGUCUCCCAUCGCGCUCUUCGCCGUGUUUGUCCUGGUGCGGUAUCACUUUUGCAUCUACUCGGCGGCGGCCGGCGCCGCCACGAUGACGCUCUUCAUCGUAUCGGCGACCAUCGUGUCGAAAUGGAUCGCGUCGUGCCGGUCCAAACUGCUCGACGCGACCGCCGCACGCAUGACGCACACCCAAGAGAUUCUCCAUGGCAUCCGCGUCGUCAAGCUGUACGCAUGGGAGCCGCAUCUGGCGCAGUCGCUGGCGGCCCUUCGCCGCGCCGAGUUGCGACUGCUGCGCCUGUUUCAGCUCGUGUGCAAUAUCAACAUCGAUCUGUUCAUUUUGGCGCCGAUCUUCACGACGGUCGCCGUGUUUGCCGUCGCCAUGCGCAGUGGCAACGACGGGUGCAUUACUGCCGACAAGACGGCGGCCGUGGUGUCGCUCAUGGUCGUUGCGAGGUUCCCAUGCAACAUUUUUUCCAGUGCCGUGCGGUACUUUGCCGAAGCCGUCGUCAGCUGCCGCCGCGUACAAGCAUUCCUUGUCUCCCCCGACUGCAUCAGCCGCGACGAUCGGUCGCAUCCAUACUUUGACUCGAACGACGCCACGACGACCGGGUCGACGCCGUCGUUGGAUCUGCCACAGCAACCAGCCCACCUUGUGUUUCAAGUGCGCGAUGGAUAUUUCACGUGGACGCCGCAGGUCUUUGCCCACGGCGAUGCAGCCCCACCUCCGCCCCCGCCUGUGCUGUCCCCUCGUGGCCAUGCAGCCUUGCAGCCCCUUCAAGCUCUGCUAUCGCCCCCAUCGUCGUCCAGCUUCUUGGCAGACGAGUGUGCUGCUAGCCAUUCUAUUUCGUGCCACUUGCGCCACAUCAACUUGAUGCUCGAGCCGCAGACGAUGACGAUUGUCGUCGGGGCUGUAGGCAGCGGCAAGUCGAGUCUCCUUCGGGCAUUUCUGGGAGACAUGCCAGCGUGCGGCAACGUGGACGGCGGACUCGGUCGCAUGCGGCACGUCUCGGGCAUCGUCGCGUACGCUGCGCAAGAACCUUGGCUCGUUCACGACACCGUUCGAAACAACAUCCUCCUCACGCAACCCCUCUGCGCCGCAUCGUACAACCGCGCAGUUCACGCGUGCGGGUUGUACCCCGACUUUGCCAACAUGGCGCAGGGCGACCUGACCGAGAUUGGCGAGAGGGGGGCGACGCUCAGCGGCGGCCAGCGCGCUCGAAUCAACUUGGCGCGAACGCUCUACCGGCACAACGACGCGGAUCUGUUUUUGCUGGACGACCCCCUCAGUGCAUUGGACGUGACGGUCGCGAACGAAGUGUUUGGUCGCGUUCGCGCCGUCCUGCGGGACAAAACGACGUUGAUGGUGCUCAAUGGGCACCACCAUUUGCUCCAGCACGCCGACCGGAUCGUGGUCAUGGCGCAUGGCACGAUUGUGGCCGACGGGACGUUUGCUGAGCUGCAGCACCAGCACAACUUUCCGUCGUCCGUGGAGAAGAACGAGCCCGCACAACACAACGAGAGCCAGGAUGACGAUGACAGCGACGAAGACGAUAGCGACAACGUCGCCGCCCGAGUGUCGAUGCUGAUGCACACAGAGCAGCGCGCGACCGGUGCCGUCGUCCUGCGUGUGUUCUGGAGUUAUUUUGGCUCCAGCGGAUAUCCGCCGUCGGUCGUGUGCGCCACGUUGCUUGGCGCGUAUACGGCGUACCAAGUUGUGUACUACCUGGCCGAUUGGAUUCUCAACACCAAGAUCUCCAUGGACGGCGGGGCUUCGGACGGCGGGAACCCACCGCCGCCGUCGUCUGAAAGCGCCCAUGCCCACUUAAUGUUGUACCUGGGCUUGGCUUGCCUCACGGUGGUCCUGUCGCUGGUCAAGGAUAUGUACGUGAUUGUGAUUUCGACGCUGUGCGCGACGAAGCUCCACGCAAACGCAAUCGACGGCGUUCUCGGCGCGUCGAUCACGGGCUUCUUUGACCGGACGCCGAGCGGCGGCAUCCUCAAUCGCUUCUCGAGCGACGUCGCGGCCGUCGAUAUUGAUCUGCCUUACUUUGGCUACCAAUUCCUCACCGACGCGUUCCAAACGCUGUGCAUCGUGGUCGUGCUCGCGUAUUUUACCCCGCUUCUCAUGGUGCUGUACAUCCCCGUCGGGUACCUCUUUGUGUGGUACCAAAUGUACAACUUGACGACUGCCAACGAACUCAAGCGCCUCGAUCUCGGAUCGCGGUCGACGAUUGUGUCGCAGCUCACGGACGUCGUCGAUGGCCAGAGUACGCUACGAGUUUACAACCCUGCCGUCGUCCACACGGCGUUUGCGAGGCGGUACAGGGAGGCGUGCGAUACCAACACCAAGUGCUACCUGACGUACUGGCUGACUGGCACGUGGCUCGAGAUUCGCCUCGGGUGGCUGUCGGCUUGCAUGUUGACGGCAGUGUCGUUCCUCUGCGUCGCCCUCGAAUCGUCGCUGGACGCCAAGAAUGCCAGCCUCGUCUUGGUAUACGUCAUGAGCUUGUCCGCCAACAUUCAAGAAGUGCUGCGCGCUGUCGGCUACGUCCAAACGUACAUGACGUCCGUGGAGCGACUGAUGCAAUACCGCGACAUUCCACACGAAGAAACCAACGCGACGGCGCACAGACUGCGGGCGCCGUCGUCAUCGUUACCGCCGCUGUCCGAGGCCGAGUUGGCCCAGUGGCCGCGCACUGGCCUCGUCCGGUUCCAGUCGUACAGCAUGCGCUAUCGAUCGUCCCAUCCGCUCGCACUGUCGAGAGUGUCGCUCACGGUGGCGUGCGGAGAACACAUUGGCAUAUGCGGCCGUACCGGGUCGGGCAAGAGCUCGCUCGUCGCCGCGCUGUGCCGCCUUGUCGAAGGCGAAGCUGGCGGUAUUUACUGGGACAACAUCAACAUUGCGUCGAUCCCGCUGCACGUGCUACGGUCCAAGCUCACGAUCAUUCCUCAGAGCCCAGUGAUGUUUUCCGGGUCGCUCCGAUUCAACCUCGACCCGACGCGGACCCACACGGACGCCGAGCUCAACGCGGUGCUCGAGACCGUCCACCUCGGUCACAUGGCCCUCGAAGACUACAUCGAAGACAGCGGUGCCAACUUGUCGGUGGGCCAGCGCCAGUUGGUCUGCAUUGGGCGGGCCCUGCUCCGGCACAGCAAAGUCGUCGUGCUAGACGAAGCCACAGCCCACGUCGACGGUGCAGCAGAGGCGCUGCUCCAGGAAACCCUCCGCGUUGCCUUCAAACACACGACGACGCUCACGAUCGCCCAUCGGUUGGACACUAUCAUGGACAGCGAUCGGAUCCUCGUGCUCGAUCGAGGGGUGGUCGUAGAGUUUGACGCCCCCGCGACGCUCCUCGCUGACCCCACGAGCUCGUUCUACGAUCUGGUGCAGCAGUCGUCGGCGCAAUCGUAGACUCCGUUCAGUACCAUUUGAAUCGACGCCAUGCAACUAACUAGCCUCACACGGCGGUUAACGACGCUAUGCCGUGAGUGGCCU